CUGCAAGGACACAACGGGGUUUAUCAACUUAAUAUUACAUCUAAGACAAAGCUUGCGUACUGUGAUAUGACAACAGAAGGGGGAGGUUGGACGGCUAUACAAAGAAGACAAGAAGGUUCUACAGAUUUUUACAGGACGUGGUCAGAAUAUAAACAAGGAUUCGGAAAUCCUUCUAAAGACUACUGGAUUGGGAAUGACGCAAUUUAUGAGCUGACAAAGAACAAAGACCAAGAGCUCCGGGUGGAGCUACAAAGAUUUAAUGGCGCUAAAGCAUAUGCUCACUUUUCCACAUUUUAUAUCAAUGAUGAAGAUAGUAAAUACAAUCUCAGUGUGUCAGGGUAUAAUGGAACAGCAGGUGACAGUUUGUAUUAUCACAAUGGAUGUAAAUUUAGCACUAAGGAUCAGGACAAUGAUAAGAGUAGUACUAGACACUGUGCUACAGAAUAUCACGGAGGCUGGUGGUACAAAUUCUGUUACAUUGCAAACCUGAACGGACUGUACGCACAAUCUGUAUGGAAUACCUUCAUAUCUGGAGAAGCGCUGCAAAAGACUGGAAUGAUGAUCAGGCACAAAAACAAGAGUCAACGUUGA